AUGGACAAACACUGGUGCUUCAAGAAGGCCAGGUGGGAUGUCUUCAGAGACAAAUUCGAGGCCAGUUCAGAGGAUUGGGUUGUCCCAAGAUAUUGGACUGCCGACACCAUCGAAUAUCAGUGCAAAUCUUUCUAUAAGGAUUUGGAAAUGGCCUUAUCAGCCUCGUGUCCUCGUAUCACACCUAGUCUUGGCGGUCCACCUAGACCUCCAAAGUGGUUGACCACUGAGCUUGCUGCCCAAAGGACCCAGGUCCGAGUGGCAUACAAGCAAGCCCGGGAAACCAUGGAGGACUUAUGGACUGCCUACAGAGACCUUAGAAGGGUGUAUAAGAGAAGCAUUGCUAAUGCUAAGAAAGCCCAGUGGACUAAGUUCACUAGUGAUGUGUCAAACCUUGAAGGUAUGGCAAAACUGGCCCGAUCCCUGCUGAAGGACAAAGAUGCCUGCAUGGGAUUGAUGUCAAGUGGACAGCAGAAGACAUCCCCUGAUGAGGCUGUUGGUCUGCUGUUUGAUAUAUUCUUUCCUGGGUGUAAGAAUAGCCAACCGGAUCCCAUUCCCAUAAAGCCACUGGCUCAAGACAGUGAGCUGGACACUGAAGUUAUUUCAGAGCACAAGGUAAAACAAACCCUGGACUCUUUUGGACCACUGAAGGCUGCCGGACCUGAUGGUCUGAAACCCAUUGCACUGCAAGCAAUGGGACCAAAAUCCAGGUGCCGCCUUACUUACCUGUACAGGGCAUCCCUCACACUAGGUUACAUCCCAAAGGUGUGGAGGAAGGCCAGAGUUGUCUUUAUUCCCAAAGUGGGGAAGAAGCAUUACACUCAG